AUGUGUGAGAUCGUUAGGGAUGAUGGCUCUAGCCGAAGCGGCGUGGUGCGUAAGGAAAAGAGGGCGUAUCUUCAGAGACAAUGGCCGUUGGUGGAUGUCGUAAGAGCCUUAGUUGUCGUGAUUGUGCACUGUUUGUGUCUUUUGGCGCCGUUUAACUACAAAUGGGAAGCUUUUCGGUUCGGUUUGUUGCUCUACGUUUUGACUGCAGUCAGCAUCACAUUCUCAUACCAUAGGAACUUGGCUCACCGGAGCUUCAAGGUCCCAAAAUGGAUUGAAUAUCCUUUCGCUUAUACUGCUGUGUUCGCUCUUCAGGGUGAUCCAUUGGAUUGGGUGAGCAUACAUAGGUUCCAUCACCAGUUCACAGAUUCGGACCGCGACCCACAUAGCCCUAAAGAAGGAUUUAUGUUCAGCCAUGUCUUGUGGAUAUUUGACACUGAGUAUAUCAGAUAUAAGUGUGGAGAUCGCAACAACGUGAUGGACUUGAAGAAACAAUGGUUCUAUAGGUUUCUACGAAGGACUAUUGCUCUCCACAUCUUAACGUAUUGGACCGUCCUCUAUCUCUAUGGUGGUUUACCUUACCUUACUUGCGGCGGGGGAGUUGGAGGCGUGAUCGUGUACCACAUGACAUGGCUCGUAAACUCGGCAUGCCAUGUUUUGGGUUCGAGGUCGUGGAAGACUAAAGACACAUCUCGUAACGUCUGGUGGCUAAGCUUAGUUACAAUGGGAGAGAGUUGGCACAACAAUCACCACGCGUUUGAAUCAUCGGCAAGACAAGGAUUGGAAUGGUGGCAAUUAGAUGUUACUUGGUAUCUCAUUCGAUUCUUUGAGGUUCUCGGAUUAGCGACGGAUGUGAAAUUGCCCUCAGAGUUUCAAAAACAUAAAUUGGCUCUGACUAGUUGA